GUUCAUGAUAAAAAGAGCUCAGGGGAGGAACCGCUUCGGAAUGAAGAACUUUAAGAAGAGAUGGUUCCGCCUCACCAACCACGAGUUCACCUACCACAAAACUAAAGGAGAGGGCGCUCUGUGCAGCAUUCCCAUAGAAAACAUUUUGGCUGUGGAGCGGCUGGAGGAGGAGUCCUUCAAGAUGAAAAACAUGUUCCAGGUCAUCCAGCCGGAGCGAGCGCUCUACAUCCAGGCCAACAACUGCGUGGAGGCGCGRGACUGGAUCGACAUCCUGACCAAAGUCAGCCAGUGCAACCGCAAGCGCCUGAGCACCUACCACCCCUCCGCCUACCUCAACGGACACUGGCUCUGCUGCAAGCUGACGGCCGACGCCGCGCCGGGGUGCACGCCCUGCACCGGGGGCCUCCCGGCAAACAUCCAGCUAGACGUCGACGGAGACAGAGAGACGGAGAGGAUCUACUCCCUCUUCAGCACCUACAUGACCAAACUGACCAAGAUGCAAGAGGCGUGCGGCAGUAAGUCGGUGUACGACGGGCCCGAACAGGAGGAGUACUCCAGCUUCGUCAUCGAUGACCCGCAGGAAACGUACAAAUCCCUGAAGCAGAUCAUCUCGGCCGUGCAGACGCUGGAGCAGCAGCACACCAAGUACAAACGGGACAAGUUCAAGAAGACAAAGAUCGGCAGCCAGGAGCAUCCUAUUGGAGACAAGAGUUUCCAGUGCUACAUCCGUCAGCUGUCUGAGAGCUCCACCUACUCCAUCUAGACCCGGACUGAUACGCCCAGAACCAGCAUUUUUUUUUUACUGCGAGAGAAACCCACCCUUACACAGCUCAGUUCCAAGUUUUACAGUUUUUUGUUCUCUAAGCAAGAUAAAAUCAAAGAUGAAGCCAAAUAACUUAAAAAAAGAUGACAGUUUGGUUGAAACGGUUUGUCUGAUUUAACUUUUGAGAAAACUCGCUGCCAAACGGAGAGAGCCGCGUCAUGUGGACGGACUUCUUCUUUUGUUUUUUGUUUUUUGCACCGUCUCAGAGUUCAUCGCUCCAGCUGCGGAGAAACAAACCAGGAAGCGUUCACCUGCCCGAGACGAGAGGAUAAAGUUUUCACUGGACAGUUCUGACGGUGAACCAACACGCACUUUAUUUGCCUCCAGAAUCUGAGGAAGAACACGCCUCGCACACUUAAAAACAAAAAGCUUCUUUUUGUCUUUGACUUUGAUUUUGAGUGAAAUGUUUCCUGUCUGAACAGACCAAACUCCAGUUGGAACAAACGGACUGUAAUUUAUCUCACGAGUGUUUUUGUUUUGUUACCUCUUCGGUAAACCUGUCGGUGUCGACAAGAAGGGAUCAAGCGAGUCCAAAAGCAGCUGAAAAAUAUCACUCCAAGUACAAUUUUACUACUUUUUAUUUCAUAUUAUCAGCAUUCUAAGCCUCGUUCUGUUGUGGUCGGACGUUAAGCUUCUGUUUUUAUCUGUAGUUUGAAGUUAUUAUAUUUAAAAUGAGGCCAAGUUUAUCCUUAGAGUUUGUUCUGAUCCCUGAUUAUAAACAAGACUUCCAGAAACUUGUGCUUCCUUUAAAGCAGAGGCUCGGUUCCGACUCUGACCUCAGAUUUAAGGUUGUAUCUAAGUGGGCUGCAAAUACUCUGCAAACGGUUUUGAAUUCUCAACUUCCUCAGAAGAGUUAGGCUUGAGUUUGUGCAACAACGUUUCUCCUAAUAUCUUCGCAAAAUCGUCGUUUGCGUCUCCAGCCCGUCUCAAACCAGAAACUUUUGAGGCAAAUUCAUAUAAAAAAAACUGGUCCAAAUGUUGUCUGUUUUAAAAGUGAACUUCAGAAGAUUCAAUCAGGAGCGAAUUCCAAGAUCGGUACAAAACAAGCUGAAUAUAAAUAAUGUGCGCAGCCGAAAAUACAGUUGUGAUAACUGCGUCGCGACUGGCUUCUCACGUCAGCCACUUCUACGUGAUUUUAAGAGCUUCUCGUCGAUUCAGCCUUGGCCAAAUCUGUCUCCAUUUCCAGUUCCUUCAUGGUUUUUAGGUCCAAACUGGCACUUAUUAACAGAGUCGCAACUAAUUUUUAAAAAUUUAAACUACCCGAAGAUAAAACCACAACAGCCGAAGCCGCCUGCUGACGAUCCGCCGCUUGAGUAGAACCGAACAGACAUGAACUGAUUAGCGUGAAGCUUGAUGAUGAAGAAGGGACUUCACUACUCUGUUCAAAAAUUCACUAUUCGUUCACAAUUUUGAGUCGCCGARUCAUCGCCCAGCAGUCACACGUCGGUGAGAAGUCACAACUCAAAUAAACGAACAGAUUCACAUCAUCUGCAAACGGUUUGACGUUACCGCACCAGGCGCCCUUGUUUCCGGACCAGGGAGCGAGCGCGGCUUUCUGCCGAGGACGUGAUCGCAGCUAAGUGAGAUACCACCUGCAGCCACUUCCUGUUGGGCUGCGACUCGCUCCGGUGCACGCUCCAGUUCACGUCUGGAAGAGACGGACGGAACCACAUCAUCUGCAAACAGUUUGACGUUACCUUCGAAACAGAACUUGGUCCCAAAAACCUAAAUCAAAAAGCUCAUCCCUUUCGGCUGUGUUCCUGCUCCGUUUCCAGGCAUAGCAGCUAAACGCGGUACUGACUGAAAAAAAAAGGGAUUCCCAUAAAAAAAGAUGGCGAGGAACUUUUUGUUUGGUGAUUUCAGCUCGUAUUUAAAUUGUUUUAUUACUUCUGAUCUCCACCAGGUGCUGCUUAGACUCGGUUUGUUUCACUCGUUAAGCAGCUAAAGCUAAGCUGCUCCUUCGGCUUUUCACACAGCUAAAACAAAAAGUAAUAAUAAUGUGUCCAAGCAGCUCAUUUUUCAAGGAUUUCUCCUAGAAGUUACUCUUUUUUCUAACAUCUUUUUAAUUGUAUUGUGAACUGAUGUGUGAUUAUGUUGCCGUCUUUUUGCUCUGUGAAUUUUUAUCUUCGUUUUAAAGAAGACGCCUCUUUUC